UUCAGGUCGUACUUCGGCGAGGAAGGUAGUAGAUACAACCUAGGUCGUGUGCCCAUUGGUGUGUCCGAUUUCUCCACACGAGCAUAUACUUACGACGACACCCAGAGUGUUGAUACGCAACUUCACAACUUCAGCCUGGCAGAGGAAGAUAUCAAGUACAAAAUUCCACUGAUGCAAGAGGCUCUUAGAAUGAAUCGCGAUCUAAGAUUUUUCGCAUCUGCGUGGACUGCUCCGCCUUGGAUGAAGACAAAUAAUGAUUACACGGGUUUCGGGUUUCUCCUUGAAGACUACUACCAGGUGUACGCUGAGUACACUGUGAAAUUUAUGGAUGAGUACAAAAGAUAUGGACUCAAAAUGUGGGCGAUGACGACAGGCAAUGAACCGUCUAACGGUAUCGUACCAGUGGCUGGUAUUAACAGCAUGGGGUGGACACCGAGUGGCAUGGGCAAAUGGGUGGCGGAAAACCUCGGCCCUACCGUGAGCAAAUCCGGGCACAAAGAUACCAUAAUUUUGGCUUUCGACGACCAGAAAUUCGGCCUGCCCUGGUACGUCUCUGAUAUGUUUAGCAACAAGGUGGCAAAAAACUAUACGGCCGGUAUUGCAUUCCAUUGGUACUGGGAUAGUAUUGUACCUUCUUGGGUGAUCGAUCGAACCCAUUAUCAUUUUCCUGAGAAGUUUCUGAUCAUGACCGAGGCCUCGGUUGCCAAAAUAUCGUCUAUUCGUACAGGAGAUAAGCCAUGGCAAUUCGACAAAGUCAUCUUAGGAUCCUGGGAACGAGGGGAAAUGUACAUUACGGAUAUCAUGGACAAUCUGCAACAUUGGGUUACCGGCUGGGUGGACUGGAAUUUAGCUCUUAACCAGCAUGGUGGUCCCAAUUGGAGGAGCAACUUUGUUGAUUCUGCAAUCAUCGUGAAUGCUGAGAAUGACGAGUUUUACAAACAACCAAUGUUCUACGGCUUAGCACACUUCAGUAAAUUCAUUCCCCGAGGUUCUGUCAGAUUGAAGCUCAGUCAGGAGGGAAGGUCUACAAUUGCUGUCGCCUUCAAGACUCCGAAUAAUAAGAUUGUUAUAGUUCUAUACAAUACACUCACUGAAAAUCAGCAUGCAGUUAUCCGUGACCAAGAAAGAGGAAACAUCGACUUACAGCUACCACCGAAAUCCAUUCAUACCAUUGUGUAUAAGUGACCACACACUGUUAAUCGAUUGGUCACUUCUAAGCAAUUGCGUAAAUUUUGUCGAUUUGAAUGCGGGCAAAAAUGAGCAAUAGCAGUAUUCGGUACAAUAGCAGAGGGUCUAAGGUAUAUUAAAACAUUGUUGAAUCAAAUAACGUAAUACAUAUCUUGUUUUGAUUUCAAAAAUAAUUUUCGUCACAACGUCAAUUUUUUGAAAUUUUCAGAGAUUUUUUGCUAUUCAGUUAGAUUUUUAAAGAUAUAUAAGCCAAAUAAGCCAUCAGCCA